AUCUUGCGAUUGACUGUACACUCGGUUAAAUAAUCACCCUGCUGUGCAGUGUGCGGUAGAAAGCAAAAACAAAAACAAAGGCUGACAUAUGGAAAGAAAAAUAAAUCGGUUUGCGAAAAAAGACCAAACCAUAACAAGUAACCAGUUUUUUUGGGGAUAGAAAUUGUUUUUUCAACUUAUUUCAGGCCUCAAUUUACUACAAUCAUAAGAGAACUCAAAAUCUACUGCUAUCGGACUGCUUCCGGACCAUUCUAGAAAAUUCCGAAAAGUAUCGAAACAGAGUAUGUCUUCUUCGCCAUUCCAUCAUUCUGCUUUUUACCAGGGAACGAAAAAGGUCGCUCCGUUGAAAAUUCGCAAUCCAAGCAUACAUCCUUCGCAAAUAAUGCCGUCGCCCAGCGGAGUGCCAUUUAAUAUUGCGGAAAUGCCUUGGAGCUACAACGGAAAGCCCGGACAGGUGAUGGAAUUCAACGCAGUCAUUAGACCCAGUCCAUUGGCACAGAAUCAACUGCUCCAACAGAUGGGACAUUUUCCGCCAACUAUGGCUUCCGGCGCGAUGUUCGCUGAGAUCAGGAAAAGGAAAACCGAUCCCGACGUGGUGCCAAUCCCUUCGAAGCAGUUCCUCUCGGAAGAGGUGAUGGCCUCCCAUUUGAACAGCCUGCAUUUAUCGUCAGAAUAUACAUCGCACAACAUCGAAACCGAGAGCGGCGAAGACUUACCGUCGGCCAGUGACGGAUUUUCACCAUCCUCUUCGCUAGAUGAUGAAAUGUCCCUCGGAGAAGCACCUGGAUCUCCCCUGCCCGGAAGCCACCAUGUGUAUAUGUCUCCACAGGAGCUCGAGGAUCGUCUCAAAAAAGCGCAGCGUAUUUCGCUUUGCGAGGAAGUUCGCAAGCUGGACAGUCGAACGGAAAUUUUGCCCAAAGUCCUGCUAGAACGCAUCGAAAAGCCAUGCACAGCGCUGGUUAUAUGGCAACCACCACAGCCGCUGGAGAAAUUAAUCUCAAAGUCAUGUUCAACGCUAAAGGAAAAAGAGCAGCAUGAGGACGAGCAGCGGUCUAUCGAGGAGGCUAUGGGUGAGGACGAGCCAUUGCCCGAUCUGCCAGAUUAUGAUGAUGAUCUCGAUUUUGAGGAGAAUAACAACAAUGUUGCCACGCUGGGGGACUUGAACAGAAUGGAUGUUGAAAUGUAGUACUUAGGAGACGAUUUUUCGAAUCGGGGCCAGGGAAAAUCAUUAUUGAGUAUGUGAGUUGAUGUUUGGACGUUGUGAUUGUGGUUCAUCGAUCAGAAUUUUAACACAGAGCGAGUUGUUUUUCCACUUAGGUUCAUAGAAACUAAAUGUAUAAGCGCGAUAGUACGAUUUAAGGAUAAUUGGCAAAAAAAAACUUCGUUGAUAUUUUAAGGUGCGUAUCAAUAAAUACU